CCGAGCCCCAGCUGGCGCUGCUGGAGGGCUCCCCGCUGCACCGGGAGGCGCUGCAGGCGCGACAGCACCUGCGCGACUCCUGGACCUCCUGCGCGCCCGCCUUCACCUCGCUGCUGGCCGCCUACCCCGACUACUUUCGGCCCGAGUGGUUCAGCUGGGAGGCGUUCCUGUGGGCCGCGGAGCUCUGGUACUCGUACGGCAUACAGGUCCAGUUUUCCGACGGCGUGUUGCGCACCUGCCUGGCCCCGCUGCUGGGCCUCAUGAACCACAGCCCGCUGCCGCACGUGGUGCACUUCAGCAAGGUGGACGGCAAGAGCGGCGGAAUCAGGGUGCGCGCCUUCCGCCCCUGCGCCGCGGGUCGGCAGCUGUUCCUGUCGUACGGCCCCUACCCCAACGCCAAGCUGCUGCUCUUCUACGGAUUCGCGCUCGCGGACAACCCGGCGGAUGAACUGGAGCUGGGGCUGCAGGUGCCUCCCGGUCCCGCCGCUGCGGACCGCCGCGCCCUUCUUGCCUCCGCGGGGCUGUCCCUGGAGCACCG